UUUAUUUUUCAUUCAUUUCCAAAGUUUUCUCUUUCACACAAAACAACAAACAAACAAGUAUCAUCAUCAUCACAUUCACGUUUGACUCAGUCUACCAAAGAGACUAAUGAAACACAAAAAAGCGACGCCGGAAACAGAAACAACUUCGAUUGAUUACGCCAUGGAAGCAGCAUCUGGUCCCCACUUUUCCGGCCUUCGACUCGACGCUCGACUUUCAUCAUCCCCAACCUCUUCUUUCGCUCCCAAUUCAACCCUAACCUCCGAUUCUCUUCUCAAUCAACCCUUCGUCAUUGGUGUUUCCGGUGGAACUGCUUCUGGAAAAACCACUGUUUGUGAUAUGAUCAUUCAACAGCUUCACGAUCAUCGUGUAGUUCUUGUUAAUCAGGAUUCGUUUUAUCGCGGGUUGAAACCGGAAGAGUUGGAACAUGUUCACGAGUACAAUUUUGAUCACCCUGAUGCUUUUGACACGGAGCAACUGUUAGAGUGUAUGAAGAAGCUCAUCAGUGGCCAAAGAGUCAAAAUUCCCAUUUAUGACUUUAAGAAGCACCAACGCUCUUCUGAUAGUUUCCGUCAGGUCAAUGCCUCUGAUGUCAUUAUAUUGGAGGGAAUUCUUGUAUUCCACGAUCAAGGUGUCCGUGAUCUGAUGAACAUGAAGAUCUUUGUUGACACAGAUGCUGAUGUGAGGCUUGCUCGUAGAAUUAGACGUGACACAGUGGAAAGGGGUAGAGACAUAAACUCUGUUCUCGAAAUGUAUGCAAAGUUUGUUAAGCCUGCUUUUGAUGACUUUGUUCUACCAUCAAAGAAAUAUGCUGAUGUGAUCAUUCCUCGUGGAGGUGAUAAUCAUGUUGCCAUCGAUUUGAUUACACAACACAUCCGCACAAAGCUUGGUCAACAUGAUCUAUGCAAAAUCUAUCCAAACGUAUAUGUUAUUCAAUCUACAUUCCAGAUAAGGGGGAUGCAUACAUUGAUUCGUGACAAAGAUAUAUCAAAGCAUGAUUUUGUAUUUUAUUCUGAUCGACUUAUACGGCUGGUUGUUGAGCAUGGUCUCGGUCAUCUUCCUUUCACCGAAAAGCAAGUUGUCACUCCAACAGGAUCUGUCUAUACUGGUGUUGAUUUCUGCAAGAAAUUAUGCGGUGUUUCAAUUAUUCGAAGUGGUGAAAGCAUGGAAAAUGCACUUCGUGCAUGUUGUAAAGGCAUUAAAAUUGGAAAAAUUCUGAUUCACCGGGAUGGAGACAAUGGAAAACAGCUUAUAUAUGAAAAGCUUCCUAAGGAUAUAUCAGAACGGCAUGUCUUGCUUCUGGACCCUGUCCUUGCUACAGGCAAUUCAGCCAACCAAGCAAUUGAAUUACUCAUUCAGAAAGGAGUACCAGAAUCCCACAUUAUAUUCCUGAAUCUCAUUUCUGCUCCUGAAGGAAUCCAUUGUGUUUGUAAAAGGUUCCCAGCAUUGAAAAUUGUCACAUCUGAGAUUGAUGUUGCAUUAAAUGAAGAGUUUCGUGUUAUCCCUGGAUUGGGUGAAUUUGGUGAUCGCUACUUUGGCACUGAUGAUUGAUCCUGCAACAUGUCGUUCGGUAGACUAGACACAUCUUUUGGUUAACAGAUGCCUUGGUUAGAAAUAUGAAAAACAGCAUGUUGCAUUGUAAUGAAAUAUCGAAGAUUUAGCAAAUGCCAGCUUGGAUGCGAUUUGAGGCAAGCAAAUUAGAAUAAUAUGGAUGCAAACUCAUUCUUUAGUUAAUUUGCAUGAUAGAUUUUCUUUAGCUUAUUAAAUGUAGAGAUAAAUUCUAGCAAGAUGAUGAUGCUAUCAUACAAAACUCCGAGUUUUAUCAUAUUGCAUAGUUGUGAAACUCAAACUUUAACAAAACAGAUCGACCAUUGAUCAAUAUAUGCAAACGUAUUAUACUACAUUUCAC